UCAAACGCCUCCCAGCCCACCUUUCCUUUGUUUGAACGUCUGUGUCGAGGCAGACGCGCCGCAGGUCGCUCUGCCCCACGUUCUCCCAUGUCUGCGGGAUUAUCCGCCGAGAAGUGCGGGGAGGAGGUGUUCUUCACGCAGUUUCCCGUCCACCGCGCCUGCCGGGACGGGGAUGUGGGCGCCCUGGUGCCGCUGCUGCAGCAGCUGUCGCACCGGGCUCCGCUGACCGCGGAGGACUCCUACUACGGAUGGACUCCCAUUCACUGGGCUGCUCACUACGGACGGCUGGAGUGCGUGGUGCUCCUGGUGCAGAUGGGCUGCGAGGUCAACACCACCACCAGCCGCUUUAACCAGACGCCGACGCACACGGCUGCGUUCGGAGGCCACCCCCACUGCCUGGUGUGGCUGACGCAGGCCGGCGCUGACAUCAACAAGCAGGACUGCGUGGGGGAAGCUCCCAUCCACAAGGCGGCUCGCUCCGGGAGCCUGGACUGUGUCCAGGUUCUGCUGAUAGCCGGCGCGGAACCACAUUUAAGGAACGCCAGCGGACAGACGGCGGCAGACCUGGCGCACGCCAACGGCUUCCACGAUUGUUUCUGCUUCAUCUCCAGAGCCCAGACCCGCCUGGGCCACCUCAGGGAACUCCACGCCCACCUGGCGCAGGGCGAAGACCGAGGGCCCGCCAGUCAGGGGCCACCUGGCAGGAAGAGGCAGCAGAACACCGUGGAAGGUCGUCACGUAAAGAAAGCAAGGCAGGCUGAUGGUGUAUCGGAGCAGAUGAAGAGCAGUGCAGGUGAGGAAGAGGAGGAGGAGGAGGGCAUGAACCUGGAGCAAAGCUCUGGAGACCACACCAAAGCCACCGUGAUUGGCUGUACCCCUCCUCCUACCCCUCUGUCUCCCAUGCUGGGAAACGCAGAGCAAACCACCAGCGUCGCUCCACCGCUGGACAAUCGGAAUGCCCGGCGGGCGCACCAACCCUCAGCAGACAUGUGCGGCUCGCUGCACCUGAGCGGCGCCGUCAACCACCGCUCCGACUGGUGGAGCCUGAUGGAGGCGGGUGGCGGGGAUCUGCUGCAGUACGGACACUUCCACGGCUUCGGAGACACGGCGGAGGACCUGAGUGACGGUGGCAAGCCAUCGCCUGCGGGGACUCCCAUCCUCCUCCACUGCUCCUAGCUCCUACAGGCUGGAAGAAACGAUUAUUUUGUCCAAAGACGGCUCCCAGUUGCCAUCCUGAUGUUCACUCGACUACAGUUCAGCCCACUGUUUCCUUUUGUUUUAGUGUUCUCCGGGACUGGAGGGUUUAGGUCCGUCAGGAGUUCUGUCCUUCACCAGCUGAGAAACCCCUCUCGUACCAAAGGGAACGUUUGAACCCCCCCCCCGUCUGAAGUAUUGAUGUUGUAGGUCAGGUUUACGCAGAGCUGUACUGUAAUUCUCUCAAUGCACUGAAGACCUGUGGGGGCAAGCACGCCGUCCCCAAAAACUGCCUUACAGCAACACAAUGAAGCUCAUUUUCUACCUGUUCCUGCUUUUUCCUGAUAAUAAACUAGUUUUGCAUUUUCAGACAAA